AAUCCAAUCGUAUAUACAAUGGCUCAGAAAAUGUCGCAAUUCGCAUGGAGAACAUGUGUCAUCUGCGUGCUCGUGGUCUUUUUCCUAUCUUCCGCUGUAUCUGCCAAAUCACACGUCUCCGAUAAAAAAUCAAUUGCAAGCUAUGAUGCGGCUCAAAUUGAAGAAGAGUUACAGCACUGUCCAUUGGUUCAAGCUCUGAACGAGCAUAAAUUAGCUUCCCUCCCAGAAACGGCGAGCUGGACGUCGAAAAUCUUUGCUGUGUUAUUUCCCGGAAGCCCUGCCGUCAACGCGCUGUUGGCGACUUUGUAUAUUUCUGGACCACCCAAUUUCCUUCUCGCGCUAUGUCCGCCAAAUAUCGACCCCUCCUCCCUCUCUAUUAUGGUAGCGUUCGCUGUGGGCGGAUUGCUAGGUGACACGCUAUUUCAUCUGCUACCGGAAAUAUUCCUAGGGGAAGACUCGCCUGAGCACGCUCGAUUCGUGCUGGUGGAGAACAACAAGAACUUGUUGCUUGGACUAGGCAUCAUGGUUGGCUUCCUCACCUUUGUAGCCAUGGACAAAACACUGCGUAUCGCGACCGGAGGAGAAGGCGGACACGAUCACACCCAUUCGCACGAUAGCCACGAUACAGCCGUCACCACUGGCUCCAGUCCCGGCAAGGGCGACAAGAACGGCGAAGUAAAGAAACGCAAAGGCAAAGGCGUUAAGCACAAGGAUGGCGACGAAAAGAAAGAAGAAAUCAACCCGAGCACAAAGCUUGGAGGAUACCUCAACCUGAUUGCCGAUUUCACUCAUAACAUCACUGACGGAUUAGCGCUUUCCUCAUCAUUUUAUGCUUCUCCCACCAUUGGCGCGACAACCACGGUGGCGGUCUUUUUCCAUGAAAUUCCUCAUGAAGUCGGCGAUUUUGCGCUCUUGAUUCAGUCCGGUUUCUCAAAGAAUAAGGCCAUGGGUGCCCAGUUCGUUACUGCCAUUGGUGCCUUUUUGGGGACCUUUAUUGGUAUUGCCGUUCAAGAAUUUGGUGGCAAUACUUUUACAUCGAGCGCUUCGUCUGAGGUUUCGAGAGGAUUGCUGGGGACCGGGUUGAGCUGGGGAGAUAUGUUACUUCCAUUCACUGCGGGGACGUUUCUCUAUGUUGGCACUGUAGCUGUGAUUCCGGAAUUGCUCGAGACGGGCAAAGAUAAAGGAGUGGAGAUCAAGAAGACGCUAUCACAAUUUGCGGCAAUCGCGGCUGGUGCUGGUAUUAUGCUUUGGAUCUCGUGGUCUUGAUUGACACAAAGCUGCAGCCACUACAUGACGAGCCAUACUAAUCAUUCUCAGGUCUGUAUUACUAGAGGGAUAGGAACUAGGAUAGACGUACAAUGAAAAUAUCAAUACUCGCAUCCACCGUGUCUUGCACCAAGCAAAGGACGAAUACUUCUACAAUCAAAUAGAUUGUACAUCGAAAAGAUGUCAACAAUACAAUACC